AUGGAAAUCAUAAGUAAUGAAGUAAGAAAAUUGAAUGCGUGCUUGAGACAAGUAGAGAAUCUGAAUCCAAGUGGUGCUUCAGAUGAAGACAUUUUAGUUCAAGCAAAGAUGUUAUUUAUGCAAGAGCCAAAGUACAAAAAAGGUUUCAAAUUUGAUCAUGUCUGGAAUAUGGUUAAAAAUUUUGAAAAAUUUAAAGAUGAUGUCCCCACAGCAAGACAAGUUGGUCGAAGACAACCCCAAAGUGUGAACUUCGACUCGUCACAAUCAGAUAAUCCCACUCCGGAAUCUCCUAUAUCAACAUCUCCUGGACUGUCAUCAUUUACUCCAUCUGAACGACCUAUUGGGGUAAAAAAAGCCAAAUUGAAAAGAAAAAAUGAUGAUCAUGAGUCAAGCGUAGUGGAAUCCAUCGAGACCUCCAACAACCGACUUAUAGACAGGUUAGACACGGCGAGCUUGGACAGGCAGGUAGCAUUUGAUAUCGAACGAGAAAAGAUAGCUAUGAAAAAAGAUAGAGAUGAAUGGAAAAUUAUAAUGAAAGAUUUGAAUUCCAUUGCUGAUCCAAACGUGCGGGAGUACGUUCGAGCUCAACAGAUUAAAAUAAUACAAAAAAGAAAUCAACAAGAACAAGGGUCUGCUUCUAAUUUUGGCAAUUAUUUCAAUGAUAUUGGACACUCUGGCCCCGAUCUACCAGAGUAUUGA